GAGGUGGCGCGCUGUUCCGAUCCCUCCCAUUGGCCGAGGGGCGGAGCGCUGCGCACGCGCCCUGCCCACGUGCUGCCCGCUGUGUAGUCGCGGCGCUGUGCGCGGUACCGACAUGGCGCGGCUGCUGCCCGCGCUGCUGCUGCUGCUGCUGCCCGGUAACGUGACCGGUAACGGGUCCGGUAACGGUUCUCUGUCCCGUUGCCCCCCCGGUCAGUUCCGCUGCUCGGAGCCGCCCGGUGCCCACGGGGAGUGUUACCCGCAGGACUGGCUGUGCGACGGACACCCCGACUGCGAUGACGGGCAGGACGAGUGGGGCUGCGGGACCAGCGCGACCCCCGCGGUGCCCCCGGACAACGGCACAGAGGCUCCCACUGUCCCUGCUCCUGGACGUGCUCUGCCAGCCAGGAAUCACGGCCGCAUGUGGAUGCUGAUCACUGCAGUGCUCCUGUGCUGCCUGGUAGCUGUGGGUGGUAUCGCUGCAUGGGGGAAGUCCAAAGCAAAAAGCAGGUCUGACAUCUUCAGUCUUGAAAGCGCAUCCAAGGAGCUGCUGGUGCCUGACAAGAGCCAGGCAGACUUGUUCUCCUGAGAGGGAUCUUUUGCUGUGAGGUGGUGAGAUGGGACUGAACUGCUCUGCCUGCUGCUCACCACGGAACCUGACUCAAUUUGGACAUGAGCUCUCAAAUCUGGUUUGCUGUUACACUCAAAUGCUCCCAUUGGAAAUAAUGGGUCUGGAUGGUGGCACCCAAAAUAGGGCAGGACCCUUCCCCAGGGCUGUGAAAUCACCCCUCCUAAAGGUGGUGGAAAUUCCCUCACUCUUUUUGCCUACAAGGACUAUUACUAUUAUUAAAGCUGCUUCUCAUCACCGCGGCCUUUAACCUAAAGGUUUGAUCCUCCAUGGAGGUGCAGUGCCAGGUCCUGUUCUACCACCCCCUCAGCAGAGCUCACCGAGCCCACAUCAGAUGUGCACUCCCUGAGCCUCCUUUUGCUGGAGGCUUUGAAUGUUUGGUGUCUCUUGCUUUCAGCUUGAAAUAAUGAAUUCCUUGGGUCAGAUGCUGGGAGCUCUGCAUUGGGAGCUUUGCUUUGCAGUUGUUUCUGCAUGGCUCUGUCCUGUGUGUUUUGUGGAACUGACAGUGUUGGAGCUGUGUUGUGUGACCCAACAGCAGCUCAGCACCUCCUUCCCAGCAGGGGAAAGGAAAAGUAAUUGUAAUAUAUAUAUAUAUAUUUAACAAUAGCACCUUUCUUCAUUCCCCAAAUCCAAAGCACAGCAUCGUACCGGACAUUGCAAUCACCCAACCUGUCCCAGCUGAAAGCAGGGCAGGAGAUCACCGACCUGUGCCUCUAAUCCAGUGCUGAGCUCUGCUCUGUGUGCUCCUUGCCAGGGCAGACACUGUACAACAGCCUCAGAGCAGAGCAUUCUGCUCGUGUGUAGUGUGAAAUGUGCAGCUGUAACCCAUGGGAUCAGCUGGGCAUGUUGCAGCACAUCAGUAUUUGUUGUACUAAGAGGUUGUGUGCAUGACCUUGCCUCUGUUCCCAUAGGGACAAGUAGGGGUAGCUGCUGGGAAAUGAUAAGGAAGAAUAAAGAAUGUGAAGCUGGAA